UCAUAGAGCCUGCACCGCACCACAGGGCAUUCCACCAUGCUCCACUGAUAACCAACCCCACUAACAUAAUGGGCCCUAUAAAGCAGCCGCUAAGCGCAAGGGCUAAAGCCAAAAACCGAAAGCAAUGCAACUCCGAUGCAUGGCCGUGAUGUGCCUCGCGUUGGGCGCCUGCCUCGUGGACUCCCAGGACUAUUGCCGGCCGGAACUCUGCCCCGUGGAUACCUUGCACAUUGCGUGCCGCAACCGUGGGGACUUUUCCCGUUCGUGUCCUGCGGACGCCACUCGCUUGGACAUUGAUGAGGCGGCACGCAAGCAGCUGGUGGAUGCACACAACACCCUGCGCCAGAAGUGGGCCAGCGGAGGAGGCACUGUUCGUAGAGCCGCCUGUCGCAUGGCCACCAUUUCGUGGGACCCAGAGCUGGCCCGCCUGGCCGAGCUCAAUGCCAGGCAGUGCCUCUUGGAGCACGACAAGUGCCACAACACGCACAAGUACAGGCAAUCCGGUCAGAAUCUCUAUAUGGCGGGAUUCGCUGGCAUCAUUCCCAGCGCCGUGGAGCGGAUCCUCAAGCGUGCCACCGACGAUUGGGCGGCCGAGGGCAAUGACAUCACAGCAGAGCAGCUGCAAGCCUUCCAUCUGAGCGGACCGGACGUCACCCACUUUGCGGUGAUGGCCAAUGAGGCGAACGUGGCCGUGGGCUGUGCCGUGACGCGCUUCAAGCGGCAAGGCUUCCACCAUUUCCUGGUGGCCUGCAACUAUGCCACAGGCAACACACUGCGCAAGCCCGUGUACUCCGCCUGCUCGGCAGCAGGCGGCGCCUGCCAGACCAAAGCCAAUCCCCAGUACUCCGCUCUGUGCUCAAAGGAGGAGCCCUUACAGUUCUAGCAGCAGCAGUAGUUCCCGAUGCCUGGAGAGGUGUCCGUCUUGUGGUUGAUUUUCGGAUCUCCUUGAUGGCAUGGCCCCAGCACAAAGGCCUUCUCCUGAUUUCAGCCUGAUUUAUGGUAUUUAUUGCUGCAAAGACAAAGAUACAUUGAGGAUUGAGUUCCAUCAGCUAACAGCUUCAACCUGCACUCGGACAUUUCUAGAGUGAUUUCUAGUUUGUUUGUUUGUUCUUUAUUUACACAAUAAUAGUUUGCAGACACAAAAAAUAAUAAUUACAAUAAUCAUAAUCAUAAUCGUAAACGUA